AAUGGUAUUUGAAAGUAAAUCAGUGAGCAAACUCCACUGUACGCCUAAAGUAAUUUAAAAAGAACCAAACUGCUUACGAUGGUAUUUUUCGGUCCUGGUUUUCGCAACUCGCCGAACACGACUGGCUUUGGUGCGGCUAUGAAUUACACAGGCAUGAGUGAGCUGUUCGAUUGAUUGGUCGAAUUAAUUAAUACUGCUGGCCAUUUCCAUUAUAGCACAGGAAAUGUUUCAGGAAGUUGGUAUACUCAGUACGAAACUGCCAGUUUAACAAAUAUACCCGCUGAACUGAAAGUUGCGGAUCUUGAUCUUUUUUCCCACCUCCUACGUCGGCCUACGUGUUUUAAGGCUACAAACUGUAACGCCGAUUUGAAGCUGUACCUUCGAUUCACAGCUACGGAAGCCCUUAAUCGAAAAAAGGCGACGGGAGCGCAUCAACUGCAGCUUGGAGCAACUGAAGGGCAUCAUGGUCGAUGCUUAUAACCUCGAUCAAUCCAAGCUGGAGAAGGCAGAUGUUUUGGAGAUCACAGUGCAGCACAUGGAAGCCCUACAGAGAACUCAUGGCACCGGUGGAUCGAUGAGCAGUCUAGGGUUCGAGUCCCGCCAGCGAUACAGCAGUGGCUAUAUCCAGUGCAUGCACGAGGUGCAUAACCUGCUUUUGAGCUGCCCGGGCAUGGACCAAACGCUGGGUGCUCGCCUGCUCAAUCAUCUGCUGCAGUCCCUACCCCAGAUCAGCGCUGAGGGUGCGGGCGGCUCCACCCCCCUCCCUGCCUCCCCCAGUCAGCCCGCUCACUCUCUGACAGCGGUCCCCCUACGCACCUCUCCCUCCUCCCCUGUCUCUCCAGUCAGCAGCCCUCAGCUCUCCCAGUACCAGGAAGUGUCUGAAUCUGCUUCGGCUGCCGAUGGCCAGCCCUCCCCGCCCGACUCUCCUUCCACUGCCGUCCACCCCGCCCUGCUGCAUGCCGGCCUGCCUGCUUUCUUCCCAGGCACCGACCCCUCCAUGUGGAGACCGUGGUGAUCACCCACUGUGAUCCCAAGCCGUGUGUUCCUCCUUUUCCAGUACAAAUAUUGGAUUUAGUAACUUGCUGGGCAAGAGAUGGGAGCGGAUUUAUGCUGUUGGGCUUCUCAGUUCCUUAUUUUAGAAGUUUAAGUGUAUCAGCCAGAUAUAGAAGAUUUAUUGUUCCAGCCCAGAUGGUUGUAGGUUCUGUGCUCCUGGUGCAUUGUGGUCUUAGUCUACUGCCUCACAAACAAAGCAACAUUAAGAGGUGAGAAAUCUGAGCCGAUUUCCUUAGGCAAGAUCAUUUUUUAAAGCCACAAUAUGCAUUUAAAUAAGGUUUUCAAAAAAUGUAAAAUAUGUCGCUGGCUGUGCUGUGCUGUUUGACUUUGCUUCUAAUGAAGUACAUUUUCUAUGGAUUCUGCAAAUAUACAUGCAUUUUGGAGAGUGAUUAGAUAGAGAUGGGUUUGGGGAAUCUGUUGGGUUUGAGUAACAGUAAUGAAUUCAGUUUUAUGCAGAAUAAAUCAGGUUACAAUAGUUAGUUGACUUUUCCCCCAAAAUACAUGUAAAUUCCUAACAUGGCUUAACCAUAUUUUUGAAUGAUUCUAGUCUAUUGUGAGAAACAGUAAAAUCUAUCUUGUUGAAGACAUAGACUUUAACAAACAUUAGUAAAUAAUAAAAUCUUUUUUAUCACAUUGACAUCCUUCCGACAAAAAAAGCCAGUUGGAUUCUUCUUACUUAACUGAACAAAUAACAGUGGAAUGUAAUGAUAAUUUUUUCUAUUAGGAAAUUGCAGCUUGUGCUCUCUGCACCGCCAUGUGCAAACAUACCUGUGACUGAGGACUGUGAGAGAAAACCACUAUUAAUACUAGCAGCCAGCCAUGUGUGAUGACAUCGCAGGCUAUUGUGUGUUCCCUCCUGUGUGGAUUAUGUGGUGUGCUAUCCAUGAAAGAAAAUUCAUUCAGCAAUUGAUUUUGCAUGCAUUUGUUUCCUGUGUUAUGCAGGGAUCGCAGCUGGGGGGGAGUGGGGGAGGUGUGUGUCCUGGGGUAUACUGCAGUGUCACAAUGACCCUGCUUUGGUUACAGAAGUGGUUAUGUGAGCAGAAACAGGGAGAUGAGCUUGCAGGUAUGUGAUUCAUUCAUUAUGGCCUGAAGCACUAUGUAAGGUUGACCUACCCAGAAACCUGAGAUAUGGGCUUAUGGAUAGACAUGCAUUCAUGCUUAUUUGGCAGAUGUUUUGGUGUAAAGCUGGGGUCUCCAACUCCAGUCCUGGGGGGGCAAAACCCUGUGUAGUUUAGUUCUUUCCCCGUUGCUCCACAAAUGAUUCCGCUGAUGAUGCACAAGGAGGUGCAAGGAGUUGAAUCAGGUGUGUUAAAUUAGAGGAAACCCAAAAAUGUGCAGGGCUCCGUCCCCCAAGGACUGGAGUCUGACACCCCUGGCUCGCUGGACAGUAAAAACCACUAUCUGGGGUGUUGAAAUACCAACGCAGUGUAGUACAUAACUUAUCUAUGUUCAGUGAAUUAUCUAUAAGUGCAGUGAAUUCAGUUUUCUGGAAACCAUCUCUACAAGAUCUACAUUGAUAAACGUUGAUUUUUGUUAUUCAGUA